AACGCGCAGGCUAAGUCUGGCUUUGAGGCCGUCAAGAGGGCUAUUGAUGCCGAGGCCAAGGCCGACGGUGUCACCGGCGACCCCAUGGGAGGACUCGGUGGCAUCUUCAACGACCCCCAGAUGUUCCAGAAGCUGGCCAACAACCCCAAGACGUCCGGACUCCUCGCCGACGGCGAGUUCAUGAUGAAGCUCCAGCGUCUCCAGCAGAACCCGAAUAGCAUCGGCCAGGAGCUCCAGGACCCGCGAUUCCUCCAGGUAAUGAGUGUGUUGAUGGGUAUUGACAUGAGCUUCGGCGCUCCUCCCGAGGGUGCCAGCGCUGCCGCGGCUGGCGAGGCCGAGGAGGACGUGCCCAUGCCCGAUCUGCGUCCUGCCUCUGCCGAAAAGAAGAAGGAGCCCGAGCCCGAGCCCACACCCGAGCCGGAAGACGAGGAGGCGAUCGCCAAGAAGAAGGCCCAGGAAGCCGCCGAUGCCGAGAAGAAGAUCGGAAACGAUUUCUACAAGAAGAGACAGUUUGACGAGGCGAUCGAGCACUACAACAAGGCUUGGGAGCUGCACAAGGACAUCACGUAUCUGAACAACCUUGGUGCCGCCAAGUUCGAGAAGGGUGAUCUCCAGGGUACCAUUGAGACCUGCCAGAAGGCUAUCGAGGAGGGCCGUGAGAUUCGCGCCGACUUCAAGGCGAUGGCCAAGGCCUUUGCGAGAAUCGGUACUGCGCAGGAGAAGCUGGGCGAUCUUGCCCAGGCCAUCGAGUUCUACCACAAGUCGCUCACCGAGCACCGCACGCCCGAUGUUCUGACCAAGCUGCGUAAUGCCGAGAAGGCCAAGGACAAGGCCGAGAAGGAGGCUUACAUCGACCCCGCCGGGGCCGAGCAGGCUCGCGAGCUGGGCCAGAAGAAGUUCCAGGAGGGCGACUGGCCCGGUGCCGUCGAGGCGUUCAACGAGAUGACCAAGCGCGCCCCCGAAGACCCCCGUGGCUUCUCCAACCGCGCGGCAGCUCUCAUCAAGCUCAUGGCGUUCCCCCAGGCGGUGCAGGACUGCGACGAGGCGAUCAAGCGCGACCCCAAAUUCAUCCGCGCCUACAUGCGCAAGGCCCAGGCCCUGGUUGUCAUGAAGGAGUACAACAAGGCUCUGGAUGUCUGCACGGAGGCGGCGGAGCACGAUGACGGCACGCACGCGCGUGAGAUUGAGCAGCAGCAGCAGAAGUGCCUGGAUGCGCAGUUCAGCGCCCGUGCGGGCGAGACGGAGCAGCAGACGAUGGAGCGGAUCCAGAACGACCCCGAGGUAAGUUCCCGGCGCUCGUCCCGAUCAAGACUCGAGCUUGCUAACAUCCCCCGCUCUAGAUCAUGUCGAUCCUGCAAGACCCGGUCAUGCAGACCAUCCUCCAGCAGGCCAAGAGCGACCCUGCGGCGCUGCAGGAGCACAUGCAGAACGCCCAGGUGCGGAUGAAGAUCCAGAAGCUGAUGGCGGCUGGUGUCAUCCGCCUGGGACGGUGAAGCAGAUGAACGACCCAGAACAUAGUGAAGCGAUUGAAAAAGCGGUCCUGAACGGCACGGCGACUCCAUUGAUCAUAUUCCUUUUUUUUACGGCGAUUACGAUG